UCCUCCUUUCGCCAUUCCGGGGUGUCGCCACACCACGGAGAGUACUGAGGGAGUCCUGCGAAGAGACCGCCUAGUCCCCUCCAGGCCUCUUCACACCUCUCCACACCUUCAUCCAGCCACACACGGUGCCCCGGCAUGCCCCAGAAGACAGGUAUCCGCUCAUUAUUCCCUCAGAGAACCGCCGCAGACCUCCCCGGCAGCCCUGUUUGAAAGAUUACGGAGACACCGAGGGAUGCUACUGCAGCAAACGCACCCCGCACCGCGAAAAUUCUCGACGUCUGCCCGAGGAACAGAAACAUUUGGUUGGCCCUUGACCGAAGCCCCUGAGGAUGUCCGACAGCGGUGGGAACAUGAACUCCGACGAUCGGCCGGUUAAAACGGUCCCCUUCCCCCUGAGCCACAGGCUCUCCAUGAAGGAAGUGUUUGACUGUGAGGGGAAGCCUAGAGUAGACCUGCUAAAAGCUCACCUCACCAAGGAGGGCCGUCUGGAGGAGGUGGUGGCCCUACGCAUCAUCAAUGAGGGAGCCGCCAUCCUGUGCCAGGAGAGGACCAUGCUGGAUAUAGAAGCCCCAGUCACAGUGUGUGGAGACAUCCAUGGUCAGUUCUUUGACCUGAUGAAGCUGUUUGAGGUGGGCGGUUCCCCCGCGACGACACGCUACCUCUUCCUAGGGGACUACGUGGACCGGGGUUACUUCAGUAUUGAGUGUGUGUUGUAUCUGUGGUCGUUAAAAAUCCUCUACCCGAAGACGUUAUUUCUUCUACGGGGAAACCAUGAAUGUAGACACCUGACAGAAUAUUUCACUUUCAAAACUGAAUGUAAGAUAAAGUACUCUGAGCAGGUGUAUGACUCGUGUAUGGAUGCGUUUGACUGCCUGCCUCUGGCUGCUCUGAUGAACCAGCAGUUCCUGUGUGUCCAUGGAGGGCUCUCACCAGAGAUCCACACGCUCGACGACAUCAAAAAGUUGGACAGGUUCAAGGAGCCUCCAGCUUUCGGGCCCAUGUGUGACCUGCUGUGGGCCGACCCACUCGAAGACUUUGGCAACGAGAAGACGCAAGAGUACUUUGGCCACAACACAGUCAGAGGCUGCUCCUACUUCUACAGUUACCCUGCAGUGUGCGACUUUCUACAGACCAACAACUUGUUGUCAGUCAUCAGAGCACAUGAAGCGCAAGAUUCUGGAUACCGAAUGUACAGAAAGAGUCAGACUACAGGCUUCCCCUCCCUCAUCACCAUCUUCUCAGCACCUAACUACCUGGACGUCUACAACAACAAAGCGGCGGUUCUGAAGUAUGAGAACAACGUGAUGAACAUCCGCCAGUUCAACUGUUCCCCUCAUCCCUACUGGCUGCCCAACUUCAUGGAUGUCUUCACCUGGUCCCUGCCCUUCGUUGGAGAGAAAGUGACAGAGAUGCUGGUGAAUGUUCUCAGUAUCUGUUCAGAUGAUGAGCUCAUGGAGAAUGAUGGAGAGGAAGAGGUCUAUGAUGCCAAUGCAGCGGCGGCUAGGAAAGAGGUGAUCAGGAACAAGAUCCGUGCCAUCGGGAAGAUGGCCAAAAUGUUCCAAGUUUUACGGGAGGAGAGUGAGAACGUAUUGACCCUAAAGGGACUGACACCCACUGGCAUGCUGCCCAGCGGAGUUCUGGCAGGAGGCAAGCAGACUCUGCAGAGCGCUACCAUUGAGGCCAUUGAAGCCAUUGAUCCUGUUGAGGACGCAGAAGCAAUCCGAGGCUUCUCUCCUCAACAUAAGAUCAAUAGCUUUGCGGAGGCCAAGGGUCUGGACCGGAUCAACGAGCGCAUGCCCCCCCGCCGUGACGCCGUCAACAGUGUGGGUGUCUCCAUGGGCCGCAUGAACAUGGGGGAGCCCAACGGCACCGACAACAACAGCAAUAUACAGGGAUGAUGCACACACACACACACAUUUAAACACUAUUUCAUACACACUCUGAAACACACACAUAGAUAUGAAGUACAUACACCAACAUACACACAUUUGACUUACACAUACUCACAAAUACACUUGAUUUAAACAUAAACUACACACACAUACUUAUACAUACACAUAAACACAAAACAUACAGGCUACACAAGUCAACAUUUACCCUUAUACAGUGAUGGCACACACACCAUCCUCCUCCUCCCCCCUACCCCGUCCUGUUGCUGCCCAGCCCACCUCUCCACCAGUGUGGCAAGACUUUGCCAUGGAUGGUCGAGGCGUCCUACUGGACAAACUGUACUGCAGGUUCCAUCAUUACCUGAUCUGACCUGGUCACACACACUACUGAAGGCCCCUGACCUGACCACAACACACUACGGAACACUCUACUGGACGUUCUGGAACACUAUACUGGACAUUCUGGAACACUCUACUGGAUGUUCUGGAACACUAUACUGGACAUUCUGGAACACUCUACUGGACGUUCCGGAACACUCUACUGAACGUUCUGGAACACUCUACUAGACGUUCUGGAACACUACUGGACGUUCUGGAACACUCUACUGAACGUUCUGGAACACUCUACUGAACGUUCUGGAACACUCUACUAAACGUUCUGGAACACACUAUUGGACGUUCUGGAACACUCUACUGAACGUUCUGGAACACUCCAAUGCAAAACAAAGAGCUACUGUUCUGUUCUCAUUGUGUAGUAGGGGUGCCUGGGUGACAGAUGUUACCUUUCUGUUGUGUUGGGGGCAGAGGGAGAGUGGGGGGUAUUGGGGAGGGGAGUCAUGGGCUGAGAGGUCAACGAGGGCUGAGGUGGCAUGCGGGAGAGGGACUUCCUGUCCAGGGUUUUCAAUUUCCUCUUCUCAUUUUAAAACAGGAAUUUUGUGGUCAGCCCGGUUGGUGGUUUACUUCAUUCACUUUAUUUAUAAGAUAGAUAGAUAGAUAGAUAGAUAGAUAGAUAGAUAGAUAGAUAGAUAGAUAGAUAGAUAGAUAGAUAGAUAGAUAGAUAGAUAGAUAGAUAGAUAGAUAGAUAGAUAGAUAGAUAGAUAGAUAGAUAGAUAGAUAGAUAGAUAGAUAGAUAGAUAGAUAGAUCGAGAGAUAGAUCGAGAGAUAGAUCGAGAGAUAGAUCGAGAGAUAGAUCGAGAGAUGGACUGGAUGGUUGUCGUGACGUCCAUGGGAGUUUAUUUGUGUGUGCUUGUGUCUGCAUUUGCGAUUGUGUGAGUGUAUGUGUGUCUGUGGGGGUGAAAUUUGAAUGGCAUUUUCAUAUGCAACAUACAAGGUUGUGCUAUUGAACAUGUUUUGCUACCAGUACUAUAUCUUGGCCAGGUCGCAGUUGCAAAUGAGAACUUGUUCUCAACUAGCCUACCUGGUUAAAUAAAGGUGAAAUAAAAAAUUUAAAAAAAGAAUAACAGGACAUUCAAAUGAAACAUUAUUUAUUAACUUCAAGGAAAAGACUAUGUUGUCAGAAGGUUAAAAAUGCAGUCUUAUUACCUGAGUGUUCUCUCUCGAUCUUAUUUUAUAAGCCAAUAUGCUCCACUGGUCAGUUAGUCAGGACUAAAGUGUGUGACCCACCGUUAAUUCACACAGAGUUCACAGUACACUCACUACACCCCAGACAGACGCUGCCUCUAAAGUCAGUCAGAUAAAUAAAACUGACCUUAGAUCAGUUUUAGUGGCAACGUCUGUCUAUUCCACUCUUAUGUUCCUUUGCUAAAACUGAUCAUAUUUCAUUUCUAAGGGCAACUUUUUUUAUCACUUUGACUUAUUCCACUUGCUGGGACUAGCUACACGUUUAAUGUUCUAUUGCUGCCAAGUCAAUCAUAGAAAUAGAAAGCAUAGAAUGGACACCUGUAUCAGAGAUUGAAAUGUAGAAAUAACUAUGAUAGAUUGGCUGUUUUGCAGGCAUGCAAUCAGAAUCAGCAAUGAGUGAAGUCCAUUCCAUGCGUUCCAUUUCUACGGUGUCCUCUUAAUGUGCUGUCCAGUAGCCUAUAACCUGAGCUGGCUGCACUGGAGGAAAUUCCUAUAGUGUAUAUGCUGUUGUGUUCUACCUUGAAAAUUAAAUUAAGUGUUUUGGCUGAGUGUGAGCAGUGACUAACAGAAGUCAACAGAAGGUUAUUUCUUUGUAAAGCAUUUAUAAACGCAUCAAUGCAUGCAGUUAAGUUAUUUGAUAAUAAUGUGAAAUUCGAUUUGUGCCGUGUUUCAGUAUGGUAAGUUCCCUUUUUCUUCCUUCAAAUAGGGAGAAUAUUUAUUUUGCAAAACAUGUAUGAUUUUUAUCAUUUUUGGGGGGUGAUUUUGUUAUUAUUUUUUAAAAAUGUUUUCCAUGAUUGUAUUAUGAGUUAAUGUAUUGUUUUAUUUUGAUGCUGUACAGACUGGAAGCUUCUAUGAGGUGAAAUGCAUUAUGACUCUAUCUCUCCUCUCUUCUCUGUUGAUGUACAGGAGUUGCUUUUAAACUUGCAAUAGCGUGAAUGAAUGACCAUACUAUAAAGAGACAGACUUUCAUUCAGGCAGACAAAGCAUGAUUGCAUGGUAAACUCAUCUGUAAAAGCAGACACAGUUACAGAACUUGUCUUUCAAAAUUUAAAGGGAAAGUUUACUCUCUAAUCAUAAUUCUUAAAUUAUAUUCUUGUUAUUUAAUAUUAUUAUUAAUAUAUUUAUAAUUAACAUUAUUCUUAAGCUCUCUGCUGGUUGCUCUUGCAUUUUUCUGAUCUUUGUUUGGUCUCAUUGUGCUUUAUUUUAUGAGGUGAACUUACUUGAGACCUUGUGCCAUAUAGUUUGUGCCAUGGCUCUCUGUCUCAUCACACACACUGUAAGCAUGCCCCAUGGGACAAACCACUUUUUUUACUCUUGAAUAAAAUAUGCAUGAACCUUUGG